AUGUCAAAAACCCUAAAAAAAUCUUCACCGAAUCACGAAACCCUAAAAAUCCUAAAAUCAGCAAUCACUUCAAGACUCCUCCUUCUGUCACUCAUCUUCCUCUGGCGCACCCUCUUUGAUCCAUACGACACAUCGUCUCCUCUAAAUCCCAAUUGCCUCUUUUCUACCUAUCAGCAACAACAAAGACUGCAUGUCAUUCGAUUUCCUCGCAUUGGGGCUGCAAUAGAGAACAGUAUCGUAUGGGAUGGUGUCUAUUUUGUUAGGAUUGCUCAGUGUGGAUAUGAAUAUGAGCAAAAUUAUGCGUUUUUACCUUUACUUCCUGCUUGCAUUGUCGUUUUGUCACGUACAGUCUUAGCGCCUCUGGUUCCAGUUAUUGGGCACAGGGCUGUGCUUGCUCUGGCGGGUUAUUUGGUUAAUAAUGUCGCAUUUGUGCUCGCGGCGGUUUAUUUUUACAGGGUUUCAGUUAUUAUUUUGAAGGACUCUGAAGCAGCAUUUCGAGCUUCAAUUUUGUUUUGCUUCAAUCCAGCUUCCAUAUUUUAUUCAUCAAUAUACACGGAGAGUUUAUAUGCCUUAUUUUCACUGGGAGGGUUGUAUCACUUAAUGUCUGGUGCAAGUAAUAUAGCUGUUCUUUGGUUCGCUCUCUCUGGCUGUGCAAGGUCUAAUGGAGUGCUUAAUGCUGGUUAUCUCUGUUUUCAGACCAUGCAUCAAGCUUAUGAUGCUGUAUUCCUACAAAAACGUGCUUGUUUGGCAGUGAAGGUUCUCAUUGUUGGAGUGCUGCGUUGCAUAUGUAUUAUCAUUCCAUUUAUUGCUUUCCAAGUAUAUGGCUACUACAACAUUUGUCAUGGGCAUUCCUUGGAUGAAAUGAGGCCUUGGUGCAAAGCCAAAGUACCUUUGUUGUACAAUUAUAUCCAAAGUCACUAUUGGGGAGUAGGUUUCUUGAGAUAUUUUCAGUUGAAGCAGUUGCCAAACUUUCUUCUUGCAUCUCCAAUAUUAUCUUUGGCCCUUUGCUCCAUUCUCCAUUUUGUGAGGUCACAACCUGAGAUAUUUUUCUCAUUGGGUUUUCGAGCGUCUAACGGAGAGAAGAGGCCUGCAGCGUCACAGUCCUCUCUAGACACAGUUCCAGAAUCAAACAGCUCUCUCUUGAAGGAGAAAUCCUCAACCAAAAUGCAAGAUAAACACAAUUUUAGGCAGAGGAAGCAGAAGAUCAAAGGGGAUAAUGAUGAGGUACUCCUGGAUGAAUACGAUACGCUCAAGAAGCCGAGUUACUUGUCUGCCUUUAUCCUCCCAUGUACUCUGCACUUGGUGUUCAUGGCAGCCACAGCAUUUUUUGUCAUGCAUGUACAGGUUUCCACACGUUUCUUGUCUGCCAGUCCUCCUCUCUACUGGUUUUCUUCGGAUUUAAUGAUAUCUUCUGGCAUGAGCAAGAGAUGGGGAUACAUGAUCUGGGCAUAUUCAACAGCCUACAUCCUUCUCGGCAGGCGCUAUAGGGCUGUAUCAUCUCUCUCAAGUAAUCGCCUUUUGGUAUCAUCUCUUCCAUUUUCAGUUACCCUUUUACUCUCUGUGUAUAUAUUAUUGAAGUGUGAAAAGGUAUACAGAGAAUGGGAUGAGUGUGACUGUGAGGUAGACCAGACAUCUGCAGUUGAAUUUCGAAGGGCUAAGAUGAAUGCAGCAAGUGCUUCAUCUGGUUCAUCAACAGCUAGUGGUUCAAAGGUUUCUUUGUUUGCUGCCAAGUCAGGGUUUGUUAUCCCGAAAAAUAAACUUUCAGGUUCGUUGGUUCCUAUCUUCAAAGGAGGUAAAAAGCCAGGUAGUAAAGAUGCUGUGAAUGGAGAAAGUACCAAUCAGGACCAAGUCCAGAGGAAAACAAAAUGGGGUCCUGAUGUAACACAAGAUGCUGCUGUUAAAAGGGGAAGAACCUUGGCUUACCAGCCUCAGUUUGUGGGAGAAUAUGUUGCUCAGUUGGAGGCAAUUGAAGAUUUCCCUUUUUCCCAUUGGACUCGAGUGGAUCAAAUUGUGGAGCAGCUGAAAAUGGGAUUUCCAGAACCCAGGAGAGAUCAAGACUCCCACGACUCCAAUGAGCUUGAAGAUCUCAAAUCUUUGAUUCCACAAAUCCAUAUUAAGGACUCUGAAAUUUUGGAACUUGAAAAACGGGAAGCUAUAGGUGAGAUACUUAAAUUGAAUCCUAGCUACAAGGCUCCACCUGAUUAUAAGCCUUUGCUAAAAGAGACCACAGUUCCUAUCCCUGUAGUGCUAAUGGACGGGUAUGGUAUAUUGCCUCUGCAGGUGAAGGAGUAUCCUGGAUACAAUUUUAUUGGUCUAAUAUUUGGGCAUGGAAGCGAGACUCAGAAGCGAUUAGAAAAGGAAACUGGAGCCAAAAUACAGGUACAUGGUACCAAAGCACAUACAGGAGAGAAGGUUGAAAUUUUUCCAUCUGAUGGCAAUGAGACCCAGAUUGCUUAUGAGGAGUUGAGUGUUCUUGUAACAGCCGACACUUUUGAGAAAGUUGAUGCAGCUGUUGUUCUGAUUGAAUUGCUACUCACCUCAGUAUCAGGAAAUUUAGCAGCAGGGGAUAAUGCAAAUGUUAGUCAAAAUCAGGCAGCUUCUACUCCUUUUUUGGUCUCUACUUCUGUAAACCAGGGAGUGGUGCUACCUGUUACUCCUCAACAAGGCCAGUUCCAAUAUCAAAAUUCAUGGUUCCCUGCUGCCACACCUCUACCUCCACCUUCAGGCAUAAUUUCCCCUCAGACUUCUUCAGCACCAAUUUUAAACAACCCUAUACCUGUACAGUCAUCAUCUUUCAAUUCCUCAACCAUGCCUUCAUUAUUCGGGCCUCGACCCAUACAGGCCUUUUCAAAUCCAUAUCAUCCAAGAAAUUUUCCCAUGCCCACUCCACAUCCUCAAUCUUAUACUGGUAGCCAGCCCCACCCAACAGGGCUGUCCUCUGUUGCAAGGCCGCCAUUUCUUCAACCCCUGUCAAGUGGUCCACCGGACGGGCUAUUAGGCCCUUCAGGGAGCAAUUCUGGGUGGUCUGGAGCUCCUGCAAAUGUUCCAGCAUCAUUAGGUUUAGGCAACAUGGGACAGACAACUCCUAUAGUUCCUUCACUUGGUCCUAGGCCUGCUUUUCCACAGCUAGGUUUUCCGUCCAAUGCACCACCUCUGAAUGCUGCUAAUACAGCCUUUCCAUUGGGACCGUCCUCUCUGCAAUCACCCAGUGUUUCUAUGAACCGCCCUACAGCAACUUUUGCUUCUGUUCCACCGCCUCAAGUGGGACCUUCCUCUGCUCCUACCCCAAUCCAAUCUUCAUUUGUUACGCCUUUGCCAAAUUCAUCAAUAAGCCUGGUACUUGGGUCCACUCCAGUUUCUUCACCCAUGAUGCCCCCAUCACAGGCAACUCCACAGCCAGGGGUUUUAGGAGCUUUUUCUGGAACUACCUCAAAUUUUGCUCCCAUGAGAUCACCCGCAAUAACAAAUGCAAAAGUACAGCAUUCUGGUCCUGGUGAUUUUAUUUUUCAACCUCAUCUUCAGAAUCCAGCACCUCAAAUGGUUCCCAGGCAUAGCAGUCAUCAUGCUACUCAAAGUGGUCCACUUCCUAGACCCGCGAUGCAAUCACCAACACCUCAAGGACCACCUUUCCACUUGGAUGUCCCUAAUUCAACUCCUCAACCUGGCAGACAUAUGUUUCCUAGGCCACAGGUUGGCAACCACAUGGGUCAAGUUCCCUUUCUUGGAAAUCCUUCUGGUCCGUCACUUAACCCUAGACUUCCAGCAUUUUCAAAUCAAAGUCCAGUGGGACCGCCAGUCAUGCAGAUGGGAUCAAGGAACUUCAGUUCAACUCCCCACGUACACAAUUUAACAGGUCCUUUACCUCCCAGAUCUGGAAACCCAUUGCCGCUUCAGCAGAAUUAUCCAGGUCCAGUAGCUCCUCGAGGACAAUCAAUUGCUCUGAAUCAGCAGCCUUUCAUCUCCUCGGCAUCUUCUAGACCAGCUUCAUUCCGUGGAGGUCAGCAGGUAUAUGAUCCUUUUUCUCCCACUUCUGCGUCAAUUGCAUCUCAACGGCAAGGAGGUAAUCCAGGAAGGGGAAGAAAGCCAGAGAACGAUCCUGACUCUGAGUAUGAAGAUUUGAUGGCCUCGGUUGGAGUAAAAUAA